AUGUCGAAUGACGACUUAGAUGACCAGAACCUCGUGGUCAUCCCCGUGGAUCCCAUUUUGAGUGAUGGAGACUCUGGUACUGUGCCUGUAACGGGUGCUCCAGGCAAUCGCUUUGUUUAUAGGCCAAUUGAUGACUCGGGAUGGAGAGGUCGCCUUGCUGAAAUGUGGGUCGAAGAGACCGGGGCUCGAGAAGGAGGUGUUACGUACAUCCUUGACCAGUUGCCCGAAGGCUAUGCAGUCUAUGAUCGGGCUCGGUUGAAGAAUCCUAGUGGUCCUGCGAAAGGAGACCAGCCUACAAAGGGAGAUCAGCUUGCAAAGGGAGGUCAACGUCGAAGGCGUCGCACAAAGGCUGAAAUGGAAGCUGCCAGGGCCUUGGAAGGGGCAAGCAGGGCAGCGGGGACUACAAAUGGAAGCGCCAGGUCAAGUGUCAAACGUACACUGGUCAAGGUGGACAGCCAGGUAGACAGCUUAGCAGACAUGCCCCAAGAUAAUGAGGGCCCUGAUUACUGGAAGAUACAUGUUGCGAAGCUGAAGAAGAGCGGCACUAUUGACGAAGAGAUCAACCAUCCGCUCAAUAUGGACUGGGCGCUGACCCACGAAUGGCUGGCCGAUCACUUCGUCCGACUACAGCUCCAGCCAGCUUUUAUUCCUCGACGAGGGGAGGCCGUUCUCUGGACCCGUGAGCUCGAAGGCCCGCUUGUGUGGAACGGUCAAGCCAAGCGCUACAUGAUUCACAAAGACAGCACCUGGAUCGCCCCAGAAUGGCGUGCCGGUAUCAUCACUCAAACCCCAGAAGAACCAACAAGUUUCCUGGACAUCGUCCAAUCAACCGAUAAAACAAAUCCAUCUAUCUCGUACUCGGGAUUCCGAGUCGAGACGGUUCCAGACCCUCUCAACGAUGAUGACAAGGCCUACUCGUCGCAGUACAGCUAUGUCCCUCUGAAAUGCAUCAAGCCAUUCAGUGCUUAUGAGAAAUUUCUGCAUGGGACCCCUCGCGAAAAUCUUCAUCCUUCCAUCGAAUAUGCUAUGACAACCAUGGCCUCAUGGAGUCUCCUCUCACACACCCGCUUCAAGGGAGCCUGGCCCAACGCCAAGGUCUACAGCCAAGGCAUUUUCAUUGGGCCAGAACUACUCGCUGUCAAAGACACCGUGCGCCUGAAACCCUUCGGCCUGAAACAGGAACAAAUGGAGGAUAAGGGCAGUGUUUUACACAGCGAGCAUGACCCCGUGGACGUGAUGGUCAUUGAAAAGAUAUGGCUCGAGCUUGAAGAAUGCCACGAAGACCCCAAAGACCCUCUUCUCGCAACCCGGUGCGUCCCUUACAUCUCAGGGAAAGUGUACACGCGCGAUGCCAAUCGUCUCACCCACGAUAUCUCCUUCGACAAAGACCCUCUCCAGAAAUUGACUAUUGACGAAACUACCAAUGCAUUCUGCCAGGUUGGAAUGAGCACCUAUGGCGACUGGUAUCGCGUCGCUGGUGGACGUACAUGCGUCGUCUCUCCGCCAAUGAUCAUAGGCCGGUGCUACGAGCCUGAAGCUACAAUCCUGCACUUCGGAAGUAAAAGGCUUGACUACGAUCUCCACGGAACUCUAAAUGGACGUCGGUAUUCCGGCGAAGUGGAUACCCGGAUGCCAGAGGGUUAUGAAUGGUUUUGGGGUGAUAAUCGUGUUGAGACCCUGGGCCUAGCCACGGUCAAUGGUGUUGACGUCGGCAUUGGAGCGGAACAGCGCGAGAGACCCGACCGAUGGCAAACUAUCUUGCGGAUGCUCCAUUUGCCUUAUUCAGAUGCGGAUAUCAGAAAGGCUGAGCUGCCACGGAAAGUCGGGCGACCUCCAAAGAACAGGUUUGGGGAAGUGGGGAAGACGAGUAAACUUGUUAGCACUGGAUUGGGUGUACGCUCUGGCUCUAGUUCCAGUGAUGCGGUGGGAGUUGAUAUGAUGGAUGAGGACGAGGAUCCAUCCGAGAAGGAUCUCUCAGAGGGAGAACUGACUGCUCCAGUCUUGUACCGCGGUGGCACGGAAGAAACGGAGGGCGGCGACUAUGAUCCUCGCAAUGCUUGA